UGAACCGCCCCUUGUUUUCAUACAAACUAAAUCGCAUCCAACAAUCGCUUUGCUACCCGACUGUACUACAUUUAUACUCGUCCGCCCGGCGCCACCUGUCACCGUCAUAUUCCUCCACUUCCUUCUCCUUCACGACAUCCACCGCUACAUUAUUAAUAUAUACCCAUUUCUUUACCAUACCAAACAAUAAUUACAAAAUGAAUGGCUCUUCCAUUUCCAUUUUAAGGCAAUUAUUCAUCGUACUACCAGCGCUGCUCUUCCCACGCGCCGCCGCUCAGUCUAUUAGAGGUUCUAGUUCUACUUCGGCCUACCCUUACGAGAUCGGGGGGAACGUCAGUGCGCCGGUCAAGAUAAUACUAUCUGUACUCAUCUUUGGCAUGUUCUUAAUCGCCUUCUUUUCUUUAUACAUCCGCAAGUGCAUCGAGGACUCUGCUAUUGAAUCUCGUCGGCCUAUUUUGAUUGCCAAUAAUCAUCGCGCACGAUUGAAAUUCCCCUGUGGACUUGAUAGAUCCGUCGUCGACUCUUUCCCGGUAUUCCUCUACUCUGACGUCAAAGUGCUGAAGAUCGGCAAUGGAGCUUUGGAAUGUGCUGUCUGCAUAUCGGAGUUCGAUGACGACGAGAGGCUUCGGUUCUUACCGAAAUGUCAUCAUGUCUUCCAUCCUGACUGUAUCGAUGCUUGGUUAGCUUCUCAUACUACGUGUCCCGUCUGCCGAGACGACCUCACUACGGCUAACCUUAAUGAUAACUCGGAAUCCAAUGACGAGUCGACUCACUCCCAAAUCAAUGACUCAACGUCCGAAAACGGAUCUCAAAAUCACAGUAUAAUCCAUGUAGAAGAGGAACGAGCGGCCCCGAAAUUUCCACGGUCACAUUCCACCGGUCACUCACUGAUUUUACCGGGAGAGAAUUGCGAUCGAUACACGUUGAGGUUCCCGGAGGAAGUCCGAAAGCAGAUUGUGACACUGAAAAGAGCAAAGAGUUGUGGAUGUGGAGUAGACUUACCGGCGGAUGGAAGCUCAAGAAGAGGAUGGAGAUUACAGAGCGACGGUAGCAGGGGAGGAAGACGGUGGAAUCCAGAUCGGCUAUGUGGGCGAUCGGAUCUGUGGAACAUGAGGGUGACACGGAUGCCGGCGUUUAUUGCAAAAAGCGAUUCGGCCGGUAAGAUGGAUCCGGCUCAGUCAUCGUCUUCCAACACUCUUCCGGUUUAA